GAGACUGCUGUUGUAGGCACAUCGAAUUGGGUUGGCGACUACUUUACAAGCACUGCUGGUGUUGGCAUCGCGUUUGUUUCGCCGCUCUUAGUUGAUUCGCUCAAUGAAGUGUUCAUGCGCGAUUGGGCUUCAAAGUAUGCCAGAACAAUACAGGAAUUUUCACUUAGGAAGAGCUCAGAAUGA